AUGGUCUUAGAAAAUGUUUUGAUGAGCAGCCAAGGCUCCGGAGGUUUAAUGCGUCCCGAUUCUGGUCGUCCGGCCUCAGAAUCUCGUUCUGCUUGGCAUCAUUCUGUUGACGCAGGCGAACAAGAUGAUUCAAUCAUAUUUGUUCACGAUGACGAAGAAGAUGAGGGAAGUGCAGGCCAGGGAGAUGAUGUGGUAGACACCUUUGAACGCGAUGAUGAUGAAGAAAUGCGAUUACCGGAGUCGAAUGUAGCAGGUCACAUAUUUCUCAGUCCCGGUGGUCAGCUUGUUAGAGGCAAUAACCCAGUUGUUGCUAUGGUGGAGGAAGUUUUCAGUUUAGUGGAUGUUCCUCAUCAUGUUACGGCAACUGUAAGUGGCCGCGCCGCUGGUAGUCGACGCGAUCGUUUAGCCUUUACUCCAGCCGAGGCAACGGAGUCUGGUUUGGUACAAUCCGGUGCCUCACUCGGUAACUGGGGCUUAGUGUUUCCGGGUAUCGGUUUCGUUGACGGUUUACAUCCUCCUCCAGGAUUUGGUAUUCCGCCAAAUGCUCCUACUUUCCGGUUCAACCUUGGUAACGGUCCUGGGAGUGGCACCCCGGUGUUUGUGACAGGCACCAGUACCAAUCGCAUCGCUCCUUCCGGCGUGAGUUUCUUACCAUCAGGGAACAGAGCAGAAACCACGGGUUCUUCCAAUCUCUCUCAACCGCUGCCACCAACAACUCUUGCUAGUCAGCAUCCUAUUCUGCAGAUUCCGCCUAUUCCGUCGGGAUCGGUCUCUCAAGUCAUAAUUGCCACUUCGAUCGGUGGGUCUUCGGGCUUGGCGGCAAACAAUGCUCGUCUUAGUCGCACAAUAGUCACAAACACAUCCACUACCCCAUCCGUUGUACGAAUGAACCCCGCCUUACCCACGUUGAUUUCACAACAGUCGUCGACGACAAUACCAUCGUUAAUUUAUGGGCAUCGAAGCAGAGCGCCUGGAAGUUCUUCAGUCCCAAUAGUAAUAGGUAACAGUGGCGUACGCGUGCGUGGGCCAUUAACCAGACUCGGUGGAACUAUUGAUAAUUCAGGAUCACGUUCUCAUACCCCUCUACUUGAGAAUGUCGGCGCCACUCCCUCCUCAUCUCAGUCCUUAGAUCUGGUCCGUGACGGUCGUUCUGGGCCGGAGGCCGAUUCGCUUGUGUGGAACAUGCUAACAAGCUUUGCAGAAGAUCAGCCGUCAUCUGUGAAUUCCGCGCUGGCUGCAGCUAUCUUUUCUCAAGCAGAAGCUCGAGCAUCGGGCGGUGAAAACGCCCCUCUCGGAGUUGGAGCCACUCAACCAAACGGACUUACUAAUGCUCAGCUGUCCGCUUAUGCGGGCUACGCUUUACCGGCCAGUUAUCAACGGUGGAUUACGUUGUCUCGUAUGCUUUUCGGACACGAACUAAUGGAUUUAGUGUUGAUAAGCCGUCAUAAUGUUUAUGCGGAGUUAGCUCGGAGGCGCCAACAGUCAUUGGAUUCUCGUGUGAAGGAGCUAGAGGAGGUAGCUGCACAACAGGCCGAAAUGGGGGCGUCUCAAAGCGAGAAUAUGGGAGAGCAGUCUGCGGAUUUUACUGCUGAGGGUCCACUGCCUUUGAUAGUGACAACUCACAGCUCCGAGGAGCCAAGUUCAGCUUCAAAUGUUGCGCAGCCUGUACCAACAGAGUCUUCCGGGGUCACAACAUCUACGGAUCAAGGUGAAACCCCUGGUAAAUACACGUUCAUCUUUUGA